CAAGUCGUCAAACCGAACAGUAACGGGGCAGUAUAGCGUAGCGUGUUGUAUAACGGUAUAACAUCGUGAUCCACUCCAACAGCAGCAGCAACAGCAGCAUUAGUGACCUCAAUACAGACUCUGGCGCCCAAAAAUCGAAUCAGCAGGCCGGACCAGCAGAAACAACGGGACACAUCCCAGACAUUGGCUGACACCGUUUCCCGGGUGGGGGUUUUGUUCCGUUUCUGGAGUAAGAAAAUUCCCCAACAAACGACGCGGUCAUGUCAGCGACUCAACGAAAUAACAUCGCGCAAGAGGAGGUCAAGCCUGACCGGGAUCGUGCCGAAGAUGAUGCACUGAUCGAUGGUGCGAUGAAACCACGACAUGAACCGGAUCAGCUGCGGCACUGCUUUGUCCCGGCGGACAGAAGCGGUUGCCUUGGUUUGCAUCUGAGUCGCACCCCCUGGGAUCCAUAUCCGUGGGUCAGUGGAGUGGUCGAAGGUUCAUGUGCGGCACUGGCCGGUGUUCGCGUCGGUGAUUGCGUCCUCGAAGCGAACGGUGAAGAUCUGCUCGGCCUCAAGGUGAUGGACAUUGCGCGGCGUGUCCGGGACCAGCGGACGAGCCGCUUGGCGACGGCCGGCGUUGGACUGUUGCUGUGGAACUCGGGCUUCGAGAAGAACAAUCUCAAUCCACAGUCGCUGUCGCGGUUCGCCAACUGUCUGCAGGGUAUCGCCGGGUUGCUCGAGUGUCCCGUGUGUCUGGAGAUUGUGCGGCCACCGGCUUGGCAGUGCAACCAUGGCCAUCUGCUCUGUUCGACGUGCCGUGCCAAGACGCACAAGUGUCCGAUCUGCCGCGAGGUGCUUUGUCGCGUACGGUGCAUCGUCGCCGACAAACUGUUCCACUAUCUGGUCCAGACGCUCGGUUACUCAGCCGAACAACGGGAGCAAGGCAGAUCGGGUGAGCUACAGCCACAGCAAUCACGGGAUGUUCCGCCAGCUGUCGGCCGCCGAUUGCCACUCAGCGAGCGUAGCCAGCAUCAGCGAAGUCACCGACAGAAGCUACAGCAGCACCAGCAGCAUCACGAGCAGCACCAGCCAGAAUCCCGUCAAACGCAUAAACAUGGUAUCAAAUUGAAAGCAAACAAUGGCCCUAAUGGAGCGUCGUCACCGGCAAUCGAGCAGCGAACCUCAUUAUCCCCUUCCACGGGCCUGGCACCACGCCGGGGACACCACUGUCCAUCCGGUCAGCAGUGCGAGCGCUUGAAGACUCAACAGGACUUGCUGCUUCACUUGCAAAAGGUGCAUCAGCUGAGCGUGGUCCAGUACUACGUGACCGUCGGCGACACUGUGGAUGUCAGUCUGCCGGCACCCGGCCACAGUUCGCUGGUUUGUGUCACGCUGCUUAUCCCGCCAAAGUCAACCAUCGACCGGCAGAACGCGAGCACCACCACCACCACCAGUCAGAUGUUCUUCGUUUCGAGACACCGGUGCCGGGAGGAACCGACGGAAUCGCUGUACUGGUUGUGGCACGUCGAGAGCGAUGAUGAGCCAACGACAGGCAGUAACCGCUGGAAGGUGCAGCUGGUCAGCACCGUGGAUGGUGAGCUUUGGCAUGGUCAGCCCGUGUCGCUUGGGCAUAGCUAUCAGGAGGUGUUGCGGAGCAAACAGUGCGCUCGCUUCAAGAGCGACGAUGCGCGAACGUUGCGAGUACGUCUGAUGGAAGCGUAGGGGGCAUCGGACAUCGGAAUGACGAAAGACUGAUCAGCCUUUACCAAAAAUUGAUUUUCAUCGGAUACCAGGGGCAGGGGAGCAUAGUUAUGCUUUGCCUGUGUAGGGACGCGUAUUGUGCAUGAUGUUGAGUUAAUCUAGUACAGAAAAUUAUCUAGGGCAAGGCUCAAUAUGAACAAGAUAAAUAAAU